CCUUCCAUUCGGGCGACUCACAUUUACUUAACUCAAAUACGGGAUUGGAUGAGCGAAGGAGUGAAAUACUAUGGGUUAUGUUCUAAAGUAAAAGUUAGAGAACACUUGGUCAACCUUUUGAAUACAAGCGGUUUACACAUAGGACUUUUGAAAACUCCGUCGGUAUCUGGCUUUGAACAGCCCUCUUCUACUGGUUCAGAGAAGUUCCCGCCUGUGUUUAAGGAGUUCGACUUUCUCGAAUGCGAACAGGACUCGGUCUCAGAGUCAGCCGAAAGUUGUUUCCACUGGCUGUCGACUCUGCGUCCGGUGGCGAUAUGCAACGCCGCCGAUGAGGACACGUCCGAAGCUGUGACCGCUACCGCGAAUCUGCAGUGCGACCUUUCCGGGCUGAACAGUUCCUCGCAUGCUAGCAGCGAGUCGGACAUCUCGGACGAAGUACUCAUGCUUUGUUUGAUGCUUUCACAUCCGCGUUUCUUAUUUACUAACCAACGGUCAAAAAGAAUAAAUAAAAUUUUGAUUAAUUGA